AUGCAUCGGACUCACCCUCGGAGGCUGCUUUGCGCAAUGUUGACUUGGCGCAGGGCUUUUUCAGAUCAACUUGUCACUGCGUGAUCUAUUUCUACUGCUCCUCAUGCUCGUCCUGUGCGUUAUGCACCCUCGCCAAGCACCAGGAUGACUGUCUGGCAGUCGACCAAGCGAGUAGAUCUGGCUGACAAUGCCAUUCUGGUAUCUCUGAUUCUCGGGCUCGCCGGACUAGUGCUCUUUUACCUUCGCCAUGCCUCAAGAUUCCGUUCAGGACUAUCUUCCCCGCUCCGGCUCUUUUCAAGCGUCACGCUCCUCUGUACUCUCUGGGAUUUUCUUCAUCCAGAAUAUGCUGCUCUACUGGGUGCGAUAAUUCCUCCCGUACAAUUCCAAGCCAUUCAUAUCCUCAGCGCGACCCAAUCCGGGACAUAUUCCACGAUUACCGCAGCCAUUGCUCCUUUCGCCAUACUAAGCGGUAUCCUGAUUGCCUUGAAUGGCAAAUGCCGCCCCUUCUAUUUCCUCGGCUACAUCUGCGUCACUGCUGGCAUGGGCCUGUUCUCCCUCAACGAUUAUUCACCCGUGCGUGACUAAGCCGGCUUCCCAGUUGUUUUCGGCGUCGGCUCAGGCAUGGUCCUUUCUACCACACUAACCUUUAACCAGGCCACACUUCCGGAGAUAUCACAACCGCUACGGCCACAUGAGCCUUCAUGCGCAACUUGGACUGGGUUUUGGCAGUUGCUAUUCCGAUGUUAAUAUUCAGUGUGCGGGUCUAGAUUCUGUUAGAA